AUGUCCAGUCUUAUUGAAGAGGAAAAGCCGCGGUUUAUAAAGAAACUUACAAAUGUACAAGUGACGGAAGGUGAAAAGGCUCGAUUCGAUUGUGUCGUUGUUGGCCGUCCAGAGCCGGAAGUGAUUUGGUCCAAAGAGGAAAAAACGAUAAAAGAGGACGAACGGGUGCAUUUGGAGUUUACCGGCGACCACUGCGCUUUAACCAUUGAUCGGACAGUGCCCUCUGAUAGUGGAUUGUACACAGUGAAGGCGAAAAAUAUCCAUGGCGAAUCUAUCAACUUCUGCCAGUUGAAGAUAGUACCCAGGAGACAACCACCUCCUGCUCCUCCAAAGCCUCUAGUGCGCCCUAUCAAACCACCGACCAUUAAAACGACGUUGACCACCUCCACGUACGAGGAAGGAGAUACAGCAAUCCUUCAGGUGAGUUAG